GCAGACGCACCACGCCUAAUCGGCUCAAUGAUCACAAGUUAGAUGUGCUUUUCAAAAUCAUAACUUUUUUGGCCGGUGACGGCGAUUUGCACGGCUCUUUGCUUAUGUGAUGUGAAGGAAACUCUAGGUGGGCUGCUCUAUAGACAUCAGAGGCUUAGGAAUCUGAACUAUUGCUUGAAGAAGUGCCGUCAUAGGUUUGGAAUCACAAAGUGACAGACUGGCUCGGAGAUUCUAGCUUCCCUGUUGUGUAUGUGUUUACAGCUUUAUUGGAUGUUGUUUGCCUGCUAACUCUGCAAUAUGAGGGAAUAUAAAGUCGUCGUAUUGGGAUCUGGUGGAGUUGGAAAGAGUUGCUUGACUGUUCAGUUCGUAACGGGGCAAUUUGUGGAGAAAUACGACCCAACAAUCGAAGACUUUUACCGAAAGGAAAUCGAGGUAGACAACACUCCUUCGAUUUUGGAAAUUCUUGAUACCGCUGGAACAGAACAGUUCGCGUCUAUGCGAGAUCUAUACAUUAAAAAUGGCCAAGGUUUUCUUCUCGUGUAUUCUAUAAUCAACAGGCAAACAUUCGCUGACUUAAAGCCUAUGAGAUCACAAAUUUUACGAGUUAAAGGCAGUGAAAACGUUCCUAUAAUUUUGGUGGGGAAUAAGAAUGACAUUUACGACGAACGCGAGGUGUCUGUGAACGAAGGAAAAGAUUUAGCUGAAGAAUGGGGAUGUCCUUUCUUUGAAACGUCCGCCAAGACCCGACAAAAUGUGAAUCAAGUUUUUGUAGAAAUAGUGCGYAGAAUGAAGACAUCAAACUCAAGAAGUGGACGAAAUAGCGGCGGCUGUUGUGUCGUACUCUAGACAUGUAGUUGGACUUAGUGAAAUUGAUACUUGUUUUGUGAGUUCACAGUUUUGGGGCAUCACAAGUUGUCUCGUUUUAUUCUCAUUCCCUGUAAAGAAAGAGAAAAAAAGUCAAAAUCCUGUUACAGUUAUAACAAGAAUCUUUUUUGUAGCGAAAACAGCUUGAUAGAUAUAUGAUACUGAAUUCGAACAAUGACGAAAUAGAAGUCCUCAAACGGGGAAGCCAUUUCAAUGCUGACACUUAAAAACACAUUUGGCUCUCGUCCAUUUCAAAACUAUCUAAAUUUUUUAUUUUUUUAGGGAAACGAUUAGUAAUAGGAAAACCUUGCAAUAUAGUAGGGUCAUUGGAAAGGUUUACUUUUAUAGUUAUUAGACGUAUUUAGGGAAUAUUUUACAUAAAUUUUGAUCCAGCAUGAGAAGGUAAGAAUCACAUUUGUUGAAUCAUCAUCGUGCGUACCGUAGUGGGACAAUUCAAAUAGAAAGCACUCGAAAUCUAAUGAAGCCUCGUUAUUAGUCUAUUGUGUGAAGAAUAAGAGUACUCUUAAAAAAAUAAAGACUUUUUUCAAGUAUAGAAAUGUACAAUAGUCUUAUGAAGGACUGAAAGGAAAAUAGUAUUCUUUACUUCCUGUCCCAAAAAAUGUUUUUUCGCUGUAAAGCUAUUUAAUAGCCCUCUACCUCAUGGAACGUACAUGUAUGCUUUCAAAUUUCGUUGUCUUUUUUGUGUGUACCAUGACAAGAACUUGCUAAUUCCAAUUCAUGAUUGAACUAAUAUCUUUCAUAAAGAUAUUUAAAAAAAAACACUUCCACCAUUAAUUCAAUUACUUAAAGUAAUAUUGUCGUACAAGUUCAACAAUUUUAAUUAGUCUAGAUUUAGUAUUGUUCUAGAAAAUGCUUUGUCUUAUUUUAUACAUUUUUAUGUAUUGAAGUUAGUUUUGAAUUAUAGCCAUUGUUUAAAUUCAAAAUUCUUCCAAUUUUUAGUUAAUUUAAGAAUAAAUAGAAUCAGCUGUGAAUUGUAUUUAUAAUGCUGGUGUAAUUUAUAUCAAAACAAUUUAAAGAUUUAUUUGAAUAUUUAUUGCAUCAAGUUAUAUGUACCGGCCGUCAUUUAUACCAGCCUCAGCUGAAAUGGACUGUGCCUGUCUGUAGAGUGCUAAUAAAUUAAUAAAUAAAUCAUGGUUAAUUGUAGGCUAAGAUUUUCAGUGGUAGAGGUUUCAUGUGCCUGUGCUACUCUCCUUUAGGCCUAUACUCAGUGGUGCAGUAAUUGUCAAGUCAUUGUCAAUUCAUUACUAGAUUAUGCAUGGUUUUAAGACUCAAUUAACCAAAGAAAGGCUUAGUUUCGUCUGUAUUUGAACUUUGUAAAUUAAGCUAGUUCAUUAUUAAAAUCUAAGUUUAAGUUUAUAAUACAACCAAGUGUAUAGAAUUUUCACUUCAAACACUACCCUUAGUGUUUGGAUAAAAUAAUAGUAACAAGGUUAUCUUCAAAUAUCACUCUUGUUAAAUUAUUAUUAUUCUUGUUUUACUUGGUAGAAUUAUAAAACUACUUUCUAAGUUCAUAUUUCGUAAACUCUUUUCCUACAAAAAUGCUGAGAUUAAAAGGAUACAAGCCA